AAUGAAAAUAAUAAAAAGAGUGAUAAAACCCUUAAGCCCUUGUUUCCCAAACAAGCGGAAUGCUCAUAUGUUUCUUGUUACUGGCAAGUAUAAUUUUAUAUUAAAAUAUCUGCAAGCAAUAUGGAUAUUGAUAAUUAAUGUUUGCUUUGUUUCUGUUUUGCUGCACUGCAGUGAAGAAAACGUAUGGAAACUUUGUUCAGAUGUGUCCAUAAGGAUUCCAAUAGAGCUGGACAGAUGCUUCGUUGUAUUUAUUUCGAACCCUUGUCGUACUGUGCCUUUGUGGAAACAAAGGGCUGGGCGCGAGGACGAUCGCCUCGUUAUAUGGGAUUAUCAUGUCAUAUUUCUUUAUUCUGUGGAUUGUAAAACUUGUUUAGUUUAUGACUUGGAUUCCGAACUUCCAUUUCCAACAUUCUUCCACAAAUAUGUGACUGAGACAUUUCGCACAGAUCAAGUCUUGAAGUCUGAUUUCCACAGAUUCUUUCGUGUAGUUCCUGCUAAACAAUUCAUACAACAUUUUGCCUCUGAUAGACGUCAUAUGAAGAGGCCUGAUGGUUCAUGGAUCAAACCACCUCCACCUUAUCCUGCCAUCUGUACUUCAACUUCAACUCAUAACUUAGAUGAGUACAUUAAUAUGGAUUCAGACUCCGGCCCCGGUGAUGUAUUUAAUCUGACUGAUUUUGUACAGCGAUUCUAUAAAAUAGAGAAGUAGUAGAAAAAUGAAUGAUAGAUAGACAAAUUAUAAUUUUAAGUUAAUUUAUUACCAUAACCUAUUUUGUUUCGGUUUAUGGCCUGAAUUGAUUAUGUUUUAAUAAUCCUUUGUUACAUUUUUAUUAUUUUGUUAGCUAAUAUACCAGGGUUCCAAACAAGUUAAGUUUUGAUUAAAUAUAAAAACAAUUAACAUUAAGGUUACAGUCAGAAUAUAAAUAACUUUUUUAACCAAAUUUGUAUUUUAAAGUGCCUAACUGCUUAACAAAGUCCCAAGUAUUAUUAUAGAAUAAUCUAAAACAUUUACCUAAGCUUAAAUUCUUACAUUUUUCAUACAAUAAAGGGAAAAUAAAAUAAUUAACAAGCAAAUUAGUUUUGAGUGUAAUGGAUAUAUUUCAAUAUUGAAUAAUAUGGAACCCAUGUAGUUUAAGCCCAACUUGCAUUUAACUUAUCUUAUUUUUUAUAUAAGUUACAUAUUUUAAGCUUGAGUGAUAAAAAAAUACUGUUAAAUAUAUUAUUGGUUACAUAAUAUUAUACAUGAGUAACCUUAACUUUUUGAAAGCUUCAAAUAUUUACUAUUAUAUUAGCACUUCAUUAUCUUCAUCUUACCUUCUUGAAUGAGUGAUACUGCACAAACAAAAUAUUAAAAUACUAUCUAGAAAAAUAUUUAUUUAUACUAUAUAGUUGUUUAUUUUGUUUUUUAACAAAUGAAAAUAUUAAUAAGGUAGUAUAAUUAAGAUUAUUAUAUCCAUAAUCUCAGUAAAUGCAGCACUCAUUUAAUAAAAAAAUAAAUAGAUAUGGUAUUAAUUGAAAUUUUUAUAAUAUAAGUAUUUUUCCAUUAAAAUUACAAUUUGUGCCAUUAAAAAAUAAUAAUCUACAAUAAGAAUUUUUUAAGUGAUUGCGGAAAGAAAUACAGGAUGUUAUUCUUAAAUUUUGUAAUGACUCUUUAAAUAUAUUAAUAUGUUUUUCUCGUAAAAUCGUAUGAAAAAUAUAAUAUUCACACAAUAUUUAUUCAUUUUCCUACAUACAUGAAAGCUAUUAACUAUUAUAAACAUAUUGAAUUAUGAAGUGCUUACGAAAUUUAAGGUAUAUUUGUUUGCAUAUUUUUACAUAUAUAAACCUGAAUAUCCUUUAUUUUUAACUGACUCAAAACUUUUAUAUAUAUUUUCCAUUAAGUAAAGUUUAUAAUUCCAAUAAGUUUAAUUUGGUGUCAUUGGAAUGGAGCUUUAAAUGGUAGGGUUAUUAACCUAUAAGUGUGAUUUUGAAUAAAAAAGUAAUUAGGAUAUUAUUAUAUUUUCAAAUUGCUUGUUGAAUAACAAUAAUUUUAAUAUCUUUAUACAUAAUUGUAACUUCAAAUAUUGCUGUAAACGUAACGCGUAGUGGAAUAGAGAGUUAUGAAUUUAUAAUACAAAUGACAAAAGUUUAUUAGUAUGAUUUAAAGCUUUCUUACAUCCACUUGUGGUCGUGAAAUUUAUCAAAUAAAAACAAACUAUACAUCAAUUUAAGCUAUUGGGGUAACGUUACCUACGUUAUUCAUGAAAUUAUAUCAAAUAAGUAUGAAGAGAAUUUAUUCAUGUUCCACUGUUGAACAAAAGCCUCGUUUUCUCUUAGCGAGAAGUUUUAAAACCAUUAUUAUAAUGUAUAAAUUAUUAUACACGAUAACCUAUUUGACGUUGUUAAAUUUCGACACGCAACACAGCUAAUUGGUUUCAGGACAUAUUAAAAAAAAAAGGUAACGUGUCCAAUAUAAAUUAAGUGUAGCUUGCACGCUACGUAGCUUCAUUAUUUAGUUUAUUAUUACAGGAAAUUAGUAUUUUUGCUCCAUAAUUAAAUAGCAAAAUGAACGACAAAAACAAACUAAUAUUUUUGAAAGUAAAGGUACAAAUAAAUGAAAAAUAUAAUAUAAAAAAAAUAUCAUAUAUAUAUAUAUAUAUACAUACAAAUAAUGGUAUUUUGUAUGAUUUUUAAUAGAGGUUUUUAAUCCUUAAUAACUACUUUCCAUAAAAUUCAAGAUUCCUAUCAGUUUUUGUGAACGCGACCACAAGGCACGAAGUUGUUUUUGCAUUUAAUUUAAUUUUGAAAUUUAGUAAAAAAAAUUUUAACUUGAAUAAGUACAAUUUAUCUAAAUUAUAUAAUUUAUUUUCUUUAUACCCGGAUAUAUAUAUAUAUAUAUUAAAGAUCAAUAUGUCGAUUCUGCGACGAUGAUCCUUACGAUAUAUGGUUUUGACCUUUCACAGUUUUGCUCCUGCAAAACGUACGUGUAGAGGUAAGAAGGUGUAUCUCAUAUGAGUCUUAACCAAAAAACAUGUAAUCUAAAUGUAUCAAGGUUAUCCAUAAAUUGCCAGAAAAGCGCUACUGUACGUAAAGGGUACCUUGUAUCUGAAAUUAAUUUAUUUAUGCCUGUUAGGAUUUAUAAAUUUGAUUAAAAGAAGCGUUUGAAAAUAGCGCCCUUUGAAGGCAGAUUACGCGUCUUAUUCCUUCUUAUUCAAAUUUAACCCUCAAGCUUAAACAGUGUCAUUUAAAAUUCAUACAUUUUGAGGGAUACUUUUUAAUUUUUAUAGACAAAGAUACCACCUUACCUGUACACAUAGUGUUACCGAUGUUGUUACCCGUCGAUUGUUUUAAAUGACAUCAUACAUUCAGUGAUAAAAAUACAUUUAAGUAAUUUUAUUGUAGAUUAUAUUAUAUCGUCGCGAGGUAGCUUUUGUAUGUUGUUAAAUCUAUUUAAAAGUUUUUUAUCAACUUUUAUACACUCUUUUAUCCUUCCCUAAGCACCCUUAGUAUUAUAAGUAUUGAUAAUAUACGUAUUUAAUCAUCGUAAUUUUUAUUAUUAAACACCGUUGUGUGUUUAAUUGUUCAAUGUUAUAAUUUAAAAAAUAUAUAAUAUUGUAUACAUUUUUUAAUAUUUAAUAUAUUCAACAAGGCAUCUUUAUUGUAGAUAAUAGUUAUUUUGGACAUAUUGAAUUUUAUUAUGAAUUCGCGUUUCUAUAUAAUAAGUGUAAGUAAAGUAAUUAUAAUGUAUUUAAAUACAAAGAAAUAAUAAUUAAUACCAAAAGAGCACCAAAUACUAUCCAAUUGUUUAAAAUUAAUUCAAAAAAUAAAUAAAUUAUAAUAUGUUUAUACUUUCUGCAGGGUUUUGUAUCUGUGUUCAAAUCUAGUCAAUAUUUAAGUAACAAUUCGCAAAAUAUCUUUAUUAAAUACUUAACGAACUAAAAGUGCUUGGUAGUUUGUAAUAUAGCAAUGGUCGCUAUGAAUUAUUACCUAAAUGCUAAAUUCUAUGAUUCCAAACUAUAUAAGCAACCUAAGUCUAUUCUUCCUCUACUCUACUAUUAAGUAAUUUACUCAAGUGAUCGUAGUUAUAUUUCAUCGAGGCGUAGCUGGAGAUUUUAUGGGACCAAACAAUAAAAUAAUUGAAAACACAGUUUUUAAACGAUUAGUUAAAUGUCGGGGCUGUGUUUGUCCCACUGGUUACGCCUUAUUCUCUUUUAACUAUUUCUAAUACAUACGUAAAACUUUUCAAUCGAUAUCUUCCUUCCAAGCCUUUAAUUAAAUUAUCAAGUUUGACUGAACAGCCUAUAAAUGAUAAUAAUUGUAUUGCUUGUGCUUUCAAUGUAACAUGUGUUUUUUGUUAAAUUUAAGAAUUCGAGCUAAAAUAAAACGUCACACGCA